AUGCGAAUGUUCCGUUGCGUACGGUGCAUAUCACAUCCAGUACUCGUGGCGACGUACGCGCGGCAGUCCAACUUGCGACCAGAGCUCGCUGGUCGUCGAAUUGAGGCAAUUGGCUUUCAAGUGGGUCAACAGCUGGUCGAAAGGUUCACCAAGGACAGAGCCCGAUUCACAGAUCACUUGGAUGUGAUAAAGUUCAUCUGCAAGGACUUUUGGGCCGAGGUGUUCAAGAAGCAAGUGGACAACCUCAAGACCAACCACAGAGGAGUAUUCGUUCUGCAAGACAACAAGUUCAGGUGGCUCACGAGAAUAUCAGCAGAUGCUCCAUCAUAUGACGCAUUAACGCCUCUUCCAAACCCUAGUCCCAACCUUCGAUCGCCGACGGAGCGCAUGGCAGGAGCUGGAGGGGCUGUGGCAGGCAGCAUGAAGGCGUCUGCUGUUGCAGGGCAGUUUCUGUAUCUGCCGUGUGGACUCAUCAAGGGGGCGCUUACCAACCUUGGAGUACCAUGCACAGUCUCUGCGGAAGUCACUACACUUCCUGGGUGCUCGUUCACAGUUCCUGAACAUCAGUCGUCAUUAGAAAAGCUUCGAGUAGUUUGGGUUGUCAUCGGUUACGCGCUAAGUUCCAGUUUGCUGGCCAUUGUUAACAAGUAUGCAGUGACUGUUUUCCCCUUCCCAGCAAUCCUCACCGCGCUUCAGUACCUAGUGUGCACCAUUGUUACGCUCGUGCUGGGAAGAUUGAAGGUGUUGGAACAUGAUUCUCUGAGCCUGGAGAAGAUUAUCAAGUUCUUACCUGCAGCAGCGACGUUUUACAUUGCCAUAUGGACAAAUACUCAGCUCCUCAAACAUGCCAACGUCGAGACAUUUAUUGUAUUCAGAUCUUCCACACCGCUGCUUGUUGCGAUAGCAGACUCAGUGUUCAUGGGAAGAUCAUGGCCAUCUGGCUUCACAUUUUUUUCAUUGCUGACGAUAUUUGGUGGCGCUGUUGGCUACGUCUUCUUUGACACUGGAUUCACCGUAACAGCGUACGCGUGGGCUUGGGCAUAUCUGAUCGUCAUUACCUUCGAGAUGGUCUACAUCAAGUCAGUGGUUAUGAGCAUAGGGCUCAAUACAUGGGGUCUGGUGCUUUACAACAAUAUGCUAGCCCUGAUAUUCUUCCCUCCUGCGCUGAUUGGCAUGAAUGAGCCAAGUCAAAUUGCUGCCUAUGGUCUGUCCCGGAUAUGCAGCAUAGGGACUCUCUUCCCUGUUGCACUCUCCUGUGUUUUCGGCCUAACCAUAAGCUUCUUCGGCUUUGCUGCACGGAAGGCAGUCUCAGCGACUGCUUACACAGUUGUUGGAGUCACAAAUAAGCUUCUCACAGUCCUCAUUAACAUACUGAUAUGGGACAAGCAUGCCCAAGCGCCAGGAUUGGUGGCUCUCCUAGUGUGCAUAUUCGGUGGAGUGUUAUACCAGCAAUCAGUUACCCAAACGCAGCCAAAGAAGAGCACUCCAUCUGACAUCGAGUCUGUUCCUCUGAUGACCAUUAAGUCACCUGGUGACAGUAAGCCUGUGGUACGCGUCGAGUCUGCUGCUGAGGCAGCUUCAGAAGAAUAG